AUAAAUAUGAUUAGGAAAUGGACGAAACCAACAUUGUAUGGAUCAGGUGCUUUUAGGCAUUUUCUCGAGAGCAGAAGUAAGCUGGUUCAAGAGAAGUAUUGCCCACCCCUGAUUUGUUUGAAUCCAGCCAUGCAGUUUUACGUCCGAACAAAAUACGAGAAGCCUCCACCUAUUCAAAUUGUCAAAGAAACACUUAAAUUGUCUGAUGGCGGUAUUGUUGCUUUUGACCAUUUCGCUAACAACAAAGGGUCUAAAGAUAAGGAUGAUUACAUUGUUGUUAUUUCUCCUGGUCUGCGUGAAACAACCCAUUCUGUGAAAAUACUCACUUUGGCAAAUUCCUUGUUGGUAAAUGGAUUUCCUAACGUCUUUGUUCUAAAUUCCAGAGCCUCUUGUUCGAUACCAAUGACGAGUAAAAUGAUGACUUUUGCAUGGGGAGAUGGCAAUCAUUUGAAUGAAAGUGUUGAAAACUUAGAAUCAAGGUUCCCUGGAAAGAAAAUAAUACUUGUGGGUGCCUGCCUAGGCGCUAUGAGUACAAUCGAUUACCUCAGCACUGAAGAAGCUAAUCGUCCUUCGAUAGCUGGAGCUGUGCUCCAUUCCUGCAAUUGGGAGCUUAAAGCUGAUGCCAUGAAAUGUUCAUCUGGCAUCAAUUAUCAAUUAUUCAAUAAAGGACUGGUUAUAGACACACUUCAUCGAAUUGAGAAAUCAUAUACUGAGGAAGAGAGAGAAUUAAAAGAAGAGUGGUAUCAAGAGAAGGGCAUUGACAUGGAAUAUUUGAGGAAGUCUAAAAGUAUAUGGGAUAUCGAAGAGCGUUUUGUGGCACCCCUGAUAGGAGUGUCCGGUGCAGACGAAUAUUAUCAAAAGGUAUCCCCAGUAAACAAGUGUCACAAAGUAAAGAAACCAGUGGUAGUGAUAAACUCACGUGACGAUUUCAUGGCCCCUUUUGAUCACUAUAAGCUACCAGAGUUCGUGAAGAACCCAAAUCUUGUGCUCUGGAGCACCGCUGCUGGAGGUCACGUGUGUUUUGUGGACGGUUUGUUUCCUGUAACAAACUAUCUGGAUAAAGCAGUGCCCGAGUGUGCAAAAUUAAUGUGUGACUUUGUUGAGGAGGGUGAUGAUGCGGAUAAGUAAGAGCUCCUCAGUUUUCCCCUUUUCGGGAGACAGUGCCACCUAUUUUGUGUGGAGCUAGACACCCGGUGACCACAGAAGAUGGAAAAACACUCGAAUACAGGCCUUUUACAUGAACUUUAGGAUUUUUAGGCGUGACACGAUUGAAUUUGUGUAUUUUACAAGUUUAAACUUAAACUUUAUAAGUUUGUGAUUGAUUGAAGGAUGAAGCACUACUUACCUUGAUUUGUAAUUUAUGCUUCCUUUUUAUCUGCAUGGUCUGCAAAGAAUAAUGUGUCAGUAUUAUCCUAAUAUGAUAUAAAUGUUAAAGUUUUUAUAAUUAUUUGUAUAUG